AUGCGUGCCAUAAUAGCAGGCCCAGUGACUCUUCUCCUAAUCCUACGAGCAUAUACCCGCCAAUCCCUAACACCGCUGGGCAUACUCGCAGCAGGCUUGACGGCGACGAUCCACGCCCUCCAUCCCUCAGCGAUUCCAUUCACUCUCCUAUGCACAUUUUUCCUGCUCGGGACGAGCGCCACAAAAGUCAAGCACGAUGUCAAAGCCACGCUCACCAUGUCGAGUAGCGGCCACGCGGGCGGUGAGGGUCCCAGAACCAGCAUCCAAGUAUUUGCCAACAGCGGAUGUGCCACCCUGUUGGUCUUGUUGCACGUUUGGUUUUAUGGAAUCGACUCGCAAAAAUCGACAUGUUUUGGUGGUGCGGGAUCCCAAUCCGACAAGACGGCCGAUCUCUUGCUACUGGGUAUCAUGAGCAAUUAUGCGGCCGUGGCAGCAGACACACUGUCGAGCGAGUUGGGAAUCUUGUCCAAGAGCAGACCGAUCCUCAUCACGACUCUCCGCUCUGUCCCUCCGGGUACCAACGGUGGAGUGAGCGGCGCCGGUCUGCUGGCCGGUAUUGGAGGCAGCGCAGCCAUAUCAGCAACGAGCGUCCUGUUGCUCAAUUUCUGUGAAAAGAGUCCCUUGGGGCCGUGGCAGUCUUUCAUCCUCCUGACUGCUCUGGGUACGGUCGGUACACUGGUUGACUCGCUUCUCGGUGCUUUCCUGCAGGCAUCUGUGGUUGAUCGGCGGUCGGGGAAAAUUGUCGAAGGGCCUGGUGGGGUGAGGGUGUUGACGAAGCCUCACCAGACCUCUCCUGCCGGCGGCCUGAACCAUGAACUGAAACAGAGCGACGGAACAAAACAAGGAGAUGAAAGCAGAAUCAUUGACUCUGGUCAUGAUAUUUUGGACAACAACCAGGUAAAUCUCCUGAUGGCUUCAAUCAUGAGCGUGGCAGGAAUUUUUGCAGGGCAACUCAUAUUAAAUUGA